AUGACUCCUUCGGAUAGAAGUCCACUCAUGCUCAGCCUUCCCUCCACCCACACCAACAUCGCAAGCCUCUCAAAGCUUCACAUCUCUUACCUCCCCUCGAAACACCCACUACAUGGAUCCCUACCAUAUCACUUGGCGGCAGUACUAGUAGCACGGGCCCAACUUUGACGGAGCUCGAACAGACUCCGCACGGGCUCUCGGUGUGCAAACGCCUCAGGUCAAGGUUUUGGUUGGUCUGGGCUUUCUGGGUGUGCAAAGGGAAUUAUUCUAGAGGGAAGAAGAAGAAGGAUGGGACGAGGGAGGCAGAGACGUGCGAGGUCAAGAUGAUGGAUGAAGGUCGUGGAAGCGAAGAACGAGAGGCGAGCUUGUCGUUCGAAGAGAAAGGGGGCUUGCUGCCUGCAGAGAAAGGCGGUAAGUUGACCGGCGCAAAGUUAUUAUGAGACAGUAGCUUAGUAUCGUUCCCUAUCGAGGGCAUGGGUUACAGUCCGUCGAACUAUGCGCGAGAUCAUCUGGUAGUAAAGAAUCCCGCCGAUACUGACCAGAUCUCCUGUGUCCUCUCAGAUCUCACAGGACCUAGAAAAAGUUCGCGUGGAGCCAAACGAAUGCUCCAAUCCGACAUUGAGCACGACCCUUCGCUCUCGCCUCAUAGGAACGAAACGGCUCAUCUUCGAAGGGACAACUGUCUGUCGGCUGAGGAAAUGACUUUUCUGAGGGAGCGAAAGAGGAAGAUCGCACAGAGUCAGAGCUUGGUCGAGCUUUUGGUGUUGGAGGAAGGGGAAGAGAUCGAUGUGCGAGACGUCCCAAUAGUGAGUCAGUGCACACUGGAGCAAUAAGGAUGAACCGUGGAGCUGACGAGCAUUGAAAGUAUCAGAUCGGGCUAGGAGGGUCGGGAGGCGGAAUGCGUGCCAACCUCGGCUUCCUUUCGACGGUCCUCGCCUUUCAAGAGCUCGAUCUAUGGCCGUUGGUGUCCUACACAGCGGGGGUAUCCGGGUCCUGUUGGGCUCUGGCGAGCUUAUAUACGCUACCGAUCGCACGUCCGCUCACGCCACCACUCAACGCCGCCGCGGUGAUUGAGCACUUUAUGUUCGUAUCAGGGGAUCACCCUCUGAGUACGAAAUCGGUCAACCGAAUCAGGGAGGCACUCGGAGGGUACCAAUCGCUUUUCGGACCUUUGAUUUCAAAGUCCAAGAACGGUCAAAAGAUCUGUAGUGAGUACAGCCCACUGACCCUCACUUGAAGAAAUACCGGCACUAACGACGAUCGCUACACUGUGGGGCUUGACAGCGAUUGAUCUGUACUCGACACUGGUCUCAUCGUACUUCUGGAUGAUGCCCAGAAAAGAUGGGAAGAAUCAGAUUGAUCCGUGGGUACCCCGGCGUCGGCUCGUGAGGUCCAGAGAGGGUCAGUUCACUGACUGUUUCGAAUCUUCCUGUCUGAUUGUCAGCGCCUCGAUGAAAUGGUCGCGCGCGUACGAUAAUGCGGGCCUGGCUAAAGGGUGCGAGCCCUUCCCCAUCGUCAGUCACGCACAUGUAGGCUCCCAUCUGGAACGCUGCUCGAUGGCUUAAGAAUGGGCCGUCCUGGAACAGCUCACCGCCUGCAGACACGAACGGCCGUGGCGGUCAUGGAAGGAUCCGAACGUGUCGCCCCAUACGAUUGACGAAGAGAUGUAAGCUCCCUUGGGCGCGCUGGGUAAUUGAGAUUCUCAGAAAGAUGAUCAGUGCGUCCACUCAUGCACAGCGCGGAACACGAGAAACGCGAUGCGUGGUGGCAAUGGUUUGAGAUGAACCCCGUCGUGAUUGGAUGCGAUGAGCUGCAAGGCUGGGUACCGACAUGGAGUGAGUCAACCGUCUUAUAUAACGUCAUAUCAUAGACAAUAUCUCACUCACUCCGACCUUCAACACUGUACAGGUUUUGGGCGCAAGUGAGUUCGAUAUGCAUCCGUCUGAUAGGGGUUCAACUUAAGUCAGAGACCGAAUCCACCUCCCCAACCACAGAUUUGAGAAAGGCUCGUCGGUGCAGAACCUACCUGAACAUUCGCUGGCACUCCUGCUCGGAUCGGCAACUGCAGCGCCUGCUGCGCCCCUGUCGAGUUUUCUCGAGAUGCUGUGGACCAAGCUGCCACGGAACGUAUUUGGUUCGGCGUUGAGACGUGAGUUUCUCGUGCAGCAGAAUUCUUGGUUGUCCUCGCUGAUCAUAGUACCGCUACAGAUACACUACUGUCCCUCUCACGCCGAAUGGGUGACUCAACGAUGGACAAACUCGACAACAUUAACCCCAUUCACGCGAGCAACGAAGCCAACCCAUUCUUCGACGCUCCUAAACGCCCCGGCAGAGGGAAUGGGUUCGAGCAUUCUCCGCGGCUUCAUCUCGUCGAUAGUGGGAUGAGCAAUAACUGCCCGACGCAUGUGUUCUUGCAUCCUGCAAGGGAUGUAGAUCUCAUUAUCCUGUCAGUGCGCAGGACUACGCAGGCCAGGAGGCAGUCCACUGACUGAUCAUCCACACUCGGGUCUAUAGAUUUGAUGCCUCUUCAGACGUCCAGAAAGGCUCCGCACUGGCACGGAUCAACAAAUAUGGAGCAACAAAGGGACUCGAAUUCACACCGCGGCAAAGACUGCCCCCCCUAACGCCACCGAAGAUGGACAAGGCGGGCAAGGUCUUGCCGCUCAGUGUCGACGAAAUCCGAUUCAAGUUUGAAGGGAGAUAGUGAGUGUUUGCCACUCAGGCCUUGGGACCCAGAAUGAUGGAAGCUGAAGCCGAAGGUCAUUCCGCGUAGUGCUCAAAUCUUGGACGGCAAAGCUUUGCAUGUCGUCGAAGGUGCGCAGUCGUCCCUUUUCCGCCUUCAUAUCGCAAUCCAAUCACUAAAUUACUCACUCCGAAUCUUAGGCAGAGAAGGCGUCACCUACAACGAGAAGCAUCAACCGCAAGCUUGGCGAGACGUGACCCUCGUUUACAUCCCUUUGUUGCCCAAUGUGUGCAACCCUGAGUACGACCCCUCGACCGCACCUUUUUCAAGCUCGUACAAUCUCAUUUGGACGGCGAACAACGUGCUGGACAUCGUCAAGACGGCGACGCAGAACGUAAGCUGUACCCGAGUAUGCCACAACAUUGAUAUUGUUCUGACUCGCGCCCUUAUUCGACAGAUCCGAGACGGCAAAGUGAUCCUGACCCAAGCGAUCUCGGAGGUGUACGCCAAACGCAAAGCACUUCGGCUCGCUGGCGAGAGCUUCCCAGUCGAGCGAGCACGAUACAACAUUGCGAAUGAAGAUGAGGUAGGACGUGUGGUUAUAACAGCCAAAAACCCUGUUGAACUCGCUUUAGAUGCGAGUGAGGUGAGGGGGAAACGACCUUGGAUGACUCCAGCAAGUUCGCUAUAG